GUUCAAAUCAAAUCCCCUCGAAAAAGGGCGGACCGCGAAUUGAUGAGAGAAGGAGAAAUGGGAACAAAAGAAACUUGCAGAAUCGAACUCCGAACUGCAAUUCGCCAGCUUUCUGAUCGUUGUCUCUACUCUGCAUCCAAAUGGGCUGCCGAGCAGUUAGUUGGGAUCGAACAAGAUCCGGCAAAGGCCACGCCUUCAGUCACCCGAUUCCAACGAGGGAGCUCCAGCAUUCGGAGGCGCUUCAGAACCGGUGAUGUAACCUCAACUCCGGUUGCCGGAGUGUCUUACGUUUCCACUCCGGCGCUACAGGAAGACCAUGAAGUUUUCGACAAUGAUUUUUACCUUCUGGCUAAGUCUUACUUCGAUUGCCGAGAAUACAGGCGAGCUGCUCAUGUUCUUCGGGAUCAGACCAACAAGAAAGCUGUGUUCUUGCGUUGUUAUGCCCUGUACUUGGCUGGAGAAAAGAGAAAAGAUGAAGAAACAAUAGAACUUGAAGGAACCCUAGGAAAGAGUGAAGCUGUGAAUCGCGAAUUGGUUUCCAUCGAGAGCGAACUGUCAGCUCUCCGUAACAAUGGUUCAAUCGAUCCUUUUGGGCUUUACUUGUACGGUCUUGUUCUGAAGGAGAAAGGUAGUGAAGUUCUCUCCCGCACAGUGCUUGUAGAAUCUGUUAAUAGCUAUCCAUGGAAUUGGAGUGCUUGGGUAGAACUCCAAUGCCUGUGCACUAACAUGGAGACACUAAAUAGCCUGAAUCUGAAUAACAACUGGAUGAGAGAUUUCUUUCUCGCCAGUACUUACCAUGAACUUCGAAUGCAUAAUGAAUCCUUAGCAAAGUUGGAACAAAUUCAGGGAACAUUCGGUCUUAGUAAUUACAUACAAGCCCAAAUCGCAAAAGCCCAGUAUUCUCUUCGGGAAUUCGAACAAGUCGAAGUUAUAUUUGAAGAACUUCUGAGAAACGACCCUUACAGAGUAGAAGACAUGGAUAUGUAUUCAAAUGUACUAUAUGCAAAAGAAUGCUCCUCUGCUCUAAGUUAUCUUGCUCACAGAGUAAUCUUAACUGACAAAUACAGACCGGAGUCUUGUUGCAUUGUCGGAAACUAUUACAGCUUGAAAGGGCAACACGAGAAGUCGGUUAUGUAUUUCAGGAGAGCUUUAAAACUGAAUAAGAAGUUCUUGACAGCUUGGACUUUAAUGGGUCAUGAGUAUUUAGAGAUGAAGAAUACUCCAGCAGCCGUGGAUGCCUAUCGACGGGCUGUGGAUAUAAAUUCUUGCGAUUAUCGAGCUUGGUAUGGUUUAGGUCAAGCUUAUGAGAUGAUGGGUAUGCCUUUAUAUGCUCUUCAUUACUUUAGGAAGUCGGUUUUCUUGCAGCCGAGUGAUUCGCGUCUGUGGAUUGCGAUGGCUCAGUGUUAUGAGACAGAUCAGUUGAAUAUGCUGGAGGAGGCAAUCAAAUGCUAUAGGAGAGCUGCGAAUUGUAACGAUAGAGAAGCAAUCGCGCUAGGGCAGCUGGCGAAGCUGCAUGAUCAGCUUGGACAUCAGGAAGAGGCUGCGUUUUUUUAUAAGAAGGAUUUAGAAAGAAUGGAAGCUGAAGAAAGAGAAGGUCCUAAUAUGGUUCAAGCUUUGAUAUUUCUUGCUACUUAUUGUAGGUCUAAGAAGAGAUUUGAAGAAUCCGAGAUUUAUUGUACCCGCUUACUGGAUUACACUGGGCCGGAAAAGGAAGCAGCGAAGAGCUUGCUUCGAGGGAUGAGAUUAGCCCAACAAUCAGGGUAUCCUUCUGCGGAUGAUGAACAUUUUCCUCUCUAAUAUUAGUUAGACAGGUAAAAGAUGCACAGUUGUUUCUUCCUUCAGGUUUUGGUGACAAUAGAAAAUCCAUAAUAUUUAUAUUUUCUCAAAAAUAUUUGAGUUGUUUGGGGUUAGUAUUAUUUAUAAGAAUUAGUGCAUUAUUAGAGUGUUGUUAGAAUAUAUGUUGUCUUGCUACAAUUUUGUUCAUUUAAAAAACCCUCUCAAUUCAAGUAUGACUAUGAACCAACAGCCUCGAAGGUAUAUUAGCAUGUAUUGGGUUUGCUCUU